AUGGCGCAAGCCGCUGUGGGCGCGUCCUACAACAACCCGCUGAAGAAGUUCAAGUAUGGAAGCCGUGGCAAGCUCGGCAAGACAUCUCUGAUCACCCGGUUCAUGUACGACUCGUUCGACAACAUGUACCAAGCGACGAUCGGCAUCGAUUUUCUGUCAAAGGCAAGCAAUCGGCGGUGUUGUGGCGUCCCGGCACUGGAAUCGGCAUCCGGCGGAUAA